CUGCUGGGGCUACACUUGAAGCAUAUGGCUUAGCCUGUCAUGUUACGUGCACGCGUGCGCGCAUAUCAAUUGCCGAUCAGAGUAUUUUCAUUGUUGACAACGGGCCUGCCUCACUACAUAGCUCUCACGUGCCACGAAAAAUCUCGCGCAUCUAGCUUCUCGCAGAUCCGGUCUUACUUGAAUGUUGCAGCUUUGGGACGUCUCAGGCUUGGCACGCUGGACCACUUGGGAUUUCCGGCACUUUGUCCUUUAUGGGCCACCGUACACUUGCCCACUUCUUGUUCACCGGACUCCCGUUCACCGAACCACCGACACACCAAUGAUGUCGGCGCCGAUUGAUCCCGCCCUGUUCUCUCCGUUUGAAGGUAAGGAAAACACACAAGUGCAAUCGUACGCAUCGCAGCCUCAGCAGAACGUGGGUCAUCCAUACUAUCUGCCUACGUCAGGACCACAACAGCCGCCCCCGCAGCUAUCGCAGCCCCCGCCGAACACCAGCUUGGAUCCAGCACUGCAGCAGACAUCGCCUCAUAUUCCCGAGGAUGACCACGAAGAUUACGAGCACGAAGACGAGGGCGACCACGAUGGCACCCAUGCGACCCCAGGAUCUGCGUCUGCGAAAGAUGGCGCUGACUUCAAGCGCCCACGAGCUUGCGAUUCAUGCAGAGGGCUGAAAGUGCGCUGUGACCAGGAGAAUCCGAACGUAUCGUGUAGGAGAUGUGCAAAGGCAGGGCGACCGUGCAUCACGACGCCUCCCACGCGAAAACGCCAAAAGAAGGCAGACAGCCGUGUCGCCGAGCUAGAACGCAAGAUCGAUGCUCUGACAGCAACACUGCAUGCGCAGAAGUCAGAGGCUCCAGAGAAUAAUCAUCAUGGAGGGAUACCGCAACAUGAGGGCAACACUUCUGCCAUAUCCAUGCCUGAGGGCUCCUUCCGUAUGGGAAGCAUCAGUCACGAAUGGUCUAGUCCUGCUCCAGGGGCUUACACAAACAUACCUCCGGGCUAUGCGCCGGUGCAGACCAUCCAACGGGGGCCAGAGGUGAAACGGAGAAAGGUAGACAACGGUCAGAGCCACGCAACAAUACCGGAGGAUAUGGAUGCAAUCCACCGUGAUCUCGCUGAGCAUCCUGAGAUGAAGCGCAAAGGCAAGAGUCACGUCCACGCUGAUCACUCACAUAUCAACGCCGUGAUCGAUUCACUCGUCAGCCCUGAGAUUGCAGAGCGUGUCUUUCUGCGAUACGUCAAUGAGAUUUGUCCGCAUUUCCCUGCUGUGCCCUUCGCGCCUGGCACUACAGCCCGAGAUGUUCGCGAGAAGAAGCCACUGCUCUUCCUAUCGCUGCUUGCUGGGUCUUCUCACGGCAGCGCCGAACAAAUAGUUUCGCAGGACGUACAACGCGCGUUGACGAAGAUACUGAAGGAUCAGCUUGCAGAUAUCAUCUGGCGUAACGGAGAGAAAUCUUUAGAAAUCGUGCAGGCUCUACAGGUUGCUGUAUUGUGGUACCGACCGCCUAUGCACUUCGAGCAGCACAACUUCUACAUGAUGGUCAACUGCGCCGCAGUGAUGGCACUGGACCUCGGCCUUGGACGCAAGGCGACACCAAACGUCAUGAAGCUAUCAAUUGGACCAUUUCGUAGGUACCACCCUAAUUCUAGCAGCAUCGAAGCGCGCCGAGCACACCUUGUGUGCUACUAUCUCUGUAUGAGCAUCACGAUGGUCUUGCGGCGGCCGAUUCUCCUACGAUGGACCAAGUACAUGGAAGAGAGCGUCAAGAUCCUCGAAACCUCGGCAGAUGCCUAUCCCUCUGACAAGCUGCUCUGUCAGCAAGUCAAAAUGGCGCACAUUGGAGAGAACAUAUCCGUCCAGUUCUCUAUGGACGAUCCAUCAGUCGAGGUCGCCAUCUCCGAACCCAAAACCAUCUAUGCACUCAAGAUCUUUGAGAAUGAGCUGCAACAACUGAAGGAUGAGAAUGCUAAGAUGGACGAAGUGGAUCCUACCCUCCGCCUUGGAGAGCAUGUGACGAACCUCUUUCUUCACGAAAUCGCCCUCCAUCAGAAUCAGGGCACUGGUGAUCCUGGCUUGCAACCACCUUUUCCACUCGAGUCUUUCACGUCGAGCGCAGUCAGAAAAGAUGUGCCUAUAGGCCCAGCACACAUUGGUGCGUUGGGUGAGUGUCUUACUGCCACACAUGGUAUACUUGACACGAUCCUCGGCAUUGAGCUGGACAUCCUCUUAACGCUGCCAGUCAUCUUCUGUGUGCGUGCCAUCUAUGCUAUCGUAUGUCUUAUGAAGAUGUGGGUGUCAGUGACGAGCUCUGGUGAGGUCAGCAGCAUCAUCGGAAAGGAAGACCUGCAGAUCGAGAUGUAUCUUGAACGGCUAGUCACCAUGUUCAAUGCGAUCGUGUCUAGGGAUGCACAGUCGCCCCACGGGAAAUUUUACUUCGUAGCUAAGCGAUUGCAGGAGCGAUUUGCUCAGAUCAAGGAAGGGACCUCCAAGUCAGAGCAGGCGGACUCAAGCGAAGCCUCAAGACGACCUUCCAACGAGGGUGCGCAGGUACCUGCUCGACAAACUUCGUCAAACCAGACGCCUCUACACUUAUUGUCUGAGGUUGCGAUGGGUAGCAGUCACCCUGGCAAUCCCAAGACGCAACCACACACUCACGGCAGCUCUCAGCAACAAGCGCAGGCGGCGCUGCAAGCACAUUCACAUGCCUCACAGCAGCCUCUUCAACAUAACUGGUAUGCAGGCAUGCAUGGCCAGUCGCAGGCGGUGGAUGUCAUGGGCCUCUCACAACCCAAUUUCGACUUGAACUUUGACUUCACCCAGUUUGACCUUGGCACAGGCUCUGAUGCAGAUCUAUCAGCACUGUUCAUACCAGACUCGAUGCAAUUGUGGAGCUACCCAGCAGACCUGAACUCACAGGGUUACAGCGGGUUUUGAUGCGCAUUGCGCGUACGACGCGAUUCUUACUGGAAAGCCAUCGGUUUCAG